GUGCACUGUCCGCGGUAUCGGUGGCAGCUGCCUGGAAUUGGGCCGAGGCCGAGAACGCUAAUCGAGUAUCGUGAAGGCCGCCCGCUCGACGCCACUUGUUUUCUCCAAAAAACGAAGGAAAGCGGACGGUUUUGGUGCGUAGGGAACCCAAGCCAAACCUUCACCCGCCUCAGCGGUACACCGGACAGCGGCUAUCCAGUGGAGUUCACGACCGACGUGUGCGAGACGGGCGGGAGCCCCGAGCUGGAGUGGCAUGUCGGGGCCGCGGACGGACGGCUGCAGCUGACGCUCGGCUCGGCUCCGUUUGUUUUCGUCCUGAGUGGCUCUCUUCUGUUUGGGGGGGCGGCGCCAGCUGCAAGUUUUACCGGACAGAAGUCGCGUCUCCUCCCAGUGAGGUGACGCGAAGAAGCUGCCGAAGAGAAAACUUCACACCAGGAAUGAAUGAUCUGGAUUCGGUGUUUCCUGUGCUGUAAGGUCAAGUGGCACCGUGGCCAGUUGCCAGCUGAAAGCGAAAGUGGGGAGAAUGAAGCAGCAGGACGGCACUUGGGAGCUGAUGUGAAGAAAAUGGGUGUCAAUGCCUCUAAUUACCCCCACUCAUGCUCCCCUCGGAUUGGAGGGAAUUCCCAGGCUCAGCAGACAUUUAUAGGGACUUCCUCUUACUCCAUCCAGGGCUAUGGCUGUGAUUCAAAGCUCUAUAGCCUUGAUCACAGCCAUGAGAAGCCACAGGAUAAGAAGAAGAAGUCCUCAGGCUUGGCCACACUCAAGAAGAAGUUCAUCAAAAGGCGUAAGUCGAGCCGCUCUGCGGACCAUGCCAAACAGAUGCGCGAACUUCUCCUUGGCUGGGAUGUGCGUGACGUCAGCGCUCUGGUAGAAGAGUAUGAGGGCACGGCAGCCUUAAAAGAGCUAAACUUCCAGGCCAGCCUUGCUCGGCCAGAGGCUCGUACACUACAGAAAGACCUCUCUGACCUCUACCAGUACAAGUACUGCACAGAUGUCGACCUCAUAUUUCAAGACACAUGCUUCCCUGUGCAUCGGGCAGUUCUUGCAGCCCGUUGCCCCUUUUUUAAGACUCUACUCUCCUCCUCUCCUGAAUAUGGUGCAGAGAUCAUGAUGGAUAUUAAUACCGGUGGGAUUGAUCUGCCCAUGUUCUCAGCCCUGCUGCAUUAUCUGUACACUGGGGAGUUUGGGAUAGAGGACUCGAGAUUUCAAAAUGUCGAUAUUCUUAUGCAACUGAGUGAAGAGUUUGGGACACCAAAUUCUCUGGACAUGGACAUGCGAGGCUUAUUUGAGUUCAUGUGCUACUACGAUUCUGUCCUUGACUUCUCCUCUGAGUCUGAUCUUGUUGAAGCCUUUGGGGGAAGCCAGAGCUCUAUGGAUGAGGAGCUGAGAGCACAUAAAGCAGUCCUUUCAGCCCGCUCGCCUUUCUUUCGCAACCUUCUUCAGAGAAGGAUACGGACAGGGGAGGAGAUUACCGAUCGGACGCUGCAGACGCCCACGAGAAUCAUCCUGGAUGAGUCUAUCAUACCGAAGAAGUAUGCCAAGGUCAUCUUGCACUGUAUGUACACAGAUUUGGUGGACCUUUCCUUUGUUCUACACUGCAGUCCAUCUGUCGGCAGCCUUUGUGAAGUUCAGGCUCUUGUAUCAGGCAAAGGAAGCAUUAGUCGGGCCGAAGAAGCUAUGGAGCUCUACCACAUCGCCCUCUUCUUGGAAUUCAACAUGUUGGCACAAGGCUGUGAGGAUAUCAUUGCUGAAAGCAUCUCUCUGGACACCGUGAUCACAAUUUUAAAUUGGAGCUCACAGCCGUAUGGAUCCAAAUGGGUCUCCCGUCAGGCUCUUCAUUUCCUCUGCGAGGAAUUCUCUCAAGUUAUGACCUCCAGUGUUCUUUAUGAUCUCAAUAAGGAACAUUUCCUGGCUGCUAUUCAGUCUGACUAUCUGCAGGCAAGUGAGCAAGAUAUCCUGAAAUAUGUUGUGAAGUGGGGAGAGCACCAGCUGAUGAAGAAGAUGGCAGAAAGAGAACCAAAUUUAUUAAGUGGUACGGCUCACAGUGUGAACAAAAGGGGAGUGAAACGCAGAGACCUGGAUCUUGAGGAGCUGAAAGAGAUGUUAUCACCUUUGCUGCCUUAUGUCCGCAUUGAUCAUAUCCUGCCUCCCAACAGUGAAAUCCUAGGUGAAACAAUGAAAAGAGGUUUAAUCAGCACCCCUCCUUCGGAUAUGUUGCCCACGGCAGAAGGAGGUAAAUCCAAUGCCUGGCUGAGGCAGAAGAGUGCAGGCAUCUACGUCAGACCUCGUCUCUUUGCGCCUUAUGUAGAGGAAGCCAAGUCUGUUUUAGAUGAGAUGAUGGUAGAGCAGACUGACUUGAUUCGUUUGAGAAUGGUUCGAAUGUCCAAUGUGCCUGAUACCCUUUACAUGGUUAACAAUGCAGUCCCACAGUGCUGUCACAUGAUCAACCACCAGCAGAUCCCUGGAGCCCAGAGCAGCCCACCCACAGUUGUAGCCAACGAAGUGCCCGUUCCCAAGUUAAGUGUUGUCAAAGAUAUGAUAAGAAGGUUGCAUGAGUUACGGCACACGGACCAAGUGCAGAGAGCAUAUGCUCUUAACUGCGGAGAUGGAGCUACAGUCAGCUUUGAGAUUCAGAUCCGUGUUCUACGGGAGUUUGGGCUUCCUGAUGCUGCAGCAGAGCUUUUGCAGAAUCCUCACAAAUUCUUCCCAGAAGAACGCUUUGGUGAUGAAAGUCCGGUGUUGGUGGCACGCCAGUUAAGUCGCACUCGGAACAACAGCACUCCAGCGGUGGAGAAUAUGUUUAGUGACAUGGACUCCUUCACUGCCUUCCAUCCUCCACUGCCGCCUCCUCCUCCACCAUAUCAUCCUCCUGCCACACCAAAUCACCCACAGCUCAAAAGUGGGUGGCAGCUGCGAGCUCCAACUCAACAACCCUCUCGCUCUUUCUCCUACCCCUGUAAUAACACUUUGCUGCAUCUGCGGAACUCAUCCAAGCACACUUUCCCUGCUUGUCAUUCUGGCUCAAAAGCCAUUCACAUGGACUGCACAAGCCCUGCAAGGAUGGGAAGGACUCUGCAUCCAGAGAAGCAGGGGAACAUGGAGCCAGUGAUCAAUGAGUUCAUGCCCGACAUUGCUAUGGGAAUAUCCGCCAUGAACCUUAAGGAGAGGAGACUGCCAGAGUUGGCCGUGGACGCAGACGGGUACAGAGGAGGCACUGAUCAACAUCAUCAGUCUUCGUCCAUUUCUGGUUCUUCUCAUUGUCCACCAUCUGCUCCCUGCUAUUCCAGCAGGUAUGGUCACAACUCACGGAAGAAGCACAGCACCGACCAGAAGACAGAGAUCCACCAGGACUAUCCUGAUCUGUAUGACUUCUCCUGCCAGCAAGUCAGCCCAGCCUCCAGCCACCACACACCUUCCUCAUCACAGGGCAAGUUUGUUGGACCUGAUCUGUACAGCCACAGCAGGCCACCCCCAGGCUCCUUCACAUCGUCCUACAUGGUCCCAGAUAUGCAUUCUCAACGGCCUGGCCCCGAUUCAAUUCACAUUGAUGUCCUUGAGCAGCCUCCUCAGCGGCUUGACUUAGCAUUGGCUGGACAUAAUAGCACCAGUGUGCCUGGACAAGGUAUGGUCAGGUUGAGAUCAAAAAAUGACUCUGACCUGACCUGUGGCCUGGGAUCAGAACAAGCUCCGGGUAACAGUCCAGGAAAUUAUGAGGAGCAAGCCCUAUGCAGGAGGUCGAUGCCCGACGCUCCAGGAGGUUCAUUAGAGCCACACCGGAAUAGUGGCAAUGAAGACACAGUAGCUGGCAGGGAACGCAGGUCGCCAAUCAAGCCUGAGUACCCCUACAAGAAGUCUGCACUUUAAACUAAACGACGACAGGGACAUUCUGAAAGGCUUUUUGACUUUUUUUUUCCUCUCUGGAUGCUUUUGCACUAAACAGAGGUGCCUGUACCACUUUCAUUGUCAAAAAUAGCUGUCAUCAUUAGCAAAUCGAUAGGUCACUCUUGCUUUCACAUUUCUCGGUCGGCUUCUCAUCGCAUGGCAGGAAGUUAGGAAUGGCUUCUGAGAAAACUGAAGCUGCUGGUCAAUUGCAGUUUGAGGGUUAAUUCUUGGUUGUGUGCACUCGGAUAUCUCAAUUGGUUGGUUCCACUCUCAGAAUAUUUUCUGAAAUUCUGUUUGUAGCACUUUUUAAGAAUAUGGUAUUGGCUAUGAGGGAGUCUGCACCGAGUCGGUUUCAUUGCAGGUGGCUGAAAUCAUUACAAUACUUGCAGAUGGGGAAUCUAUAAAGAUGUAGUACAUUGUAUGGUGUUUGGUGCCACGCAGGAGUAAGGUCCUGGCCUAGUGGGAGGAAGUAACUGCUUUUGGUGCUCUCGUGUGGGCAGCCCGUUGAGAUGCCACUGUCCCAUGUAACCGUGUUCAUCAUUUCAAGAGUCCUCGCUGUGUGUCCAACUUCCCUCUUGCUCUCUGUAUUUUAUAUAUA